CUGAGGAUAGAUAAACGUCUGGAGUCAUUGGAAAAACUCGCCAAAUCUUCGGAGAAUACAAUAGAAGAAAUGCGCAUUUCGUUGCAAAGUUUUCUGCCCGGGACAAAUCAGCGUUUUGAGAGGCCUGAGCUUUUGGAACCUUCUGCUCAUUCAACUGAAAAGGAAUUCAGUAGCCCAUUUAAUAAUUCCUCGACAUCGUUUCUCGAAGACACGUCAUCGACCGUGAAUUCAUCAGGCGAUCAUGAGCAAUUUCAGCUAUCAACGAUAGACAUAGAUGUUUUGAAGCGCUUGAUCGAUGACGCCGAUGUUCAUCCGGUCGAGGGCGAUCAAGAUAAAGCCACAAACAGUUCGCAACUUUCACCAAAGUCAGAUGCACCAAGCACAAGUCAAGUAUUGUCUGAUGAUAUUAUACGAAAAUUUGUCACACCGAGCAAGAAUAUCAAAAAAAUUAGCGAGGCGUUAGAAAAGAUCCCAGAGCCACGAAAGUGUGCAUUGAAAUUGCUACCUUUUUUUUUCUCCGACCGUGAGCUAAGUGAAUCCAACACUGAUGGGACGCAUGGUAAACCACCACUCGAUCCAGUUAAAUUGAAUUCAUUGAAAGUAUUGUUAUUCAUGCGCUUUAUCCAUGAAGAGUAA